AUGGCUUUUUCUUCUCUUUCUUCACCAAUCUUUCCUGAACAAAGGUAUGAGUUUGAAGACACAUAUGAUGUGUUUAUGAGUUUCAGAGGUGAUGACACCCUCAAUACAUUUGCUAGCUAUCUCUAUGGAGCUUUAUCUGCAAACCAGAUCUUGACUUCCAUAGAUCAUGAACUUGAUAGAGGCGAAGAAAUGUCCCCCAUACUUAGGAAAGCUAUCAAGGAAUCCAAGAUUUCGGUGAUCAUUUUCUCAGAAAACUAUGCUUCGUCCAUAAGAUGUCUGGAUGAGCUAUUGCAAAUACUUGAAUGUAGAAGAACAAAAGGACAGAUUGUUAUGCCAAUCUUUUACCAUAUAGAUCCAUCGAUGGUACAGAAUCAGAAGGCGAAUUAUGGAGUUGCAUUUGUUGAACUUGAACACCACUUUAAGGAUAUAAUGGAGAAGGUCCAAAAAUGGAAGGAUGCUUUAACAGAAGCAUCCAAUCUGCAUGGCUUCGAUUCAAAGGCUUUCAGAGUUAAUGCAGAAAGAUUAUUAGAUGAUGGUGAUUGUUGGGUGAAAAUGGGUCUAAGUGUUUUCAUUGAAAAGUCAUUAAUUGAAGAUGGUAAAUAUUGGAUAGACAAUAAGCUAUGGAUGCAUGAUUUGUUGAGACAAAUGGGUCAAAAAAUUGCUUGUGAUAGACAUACAGAACUUGGUGAUUACAGCAGACUGUGGGAUGCUAAGGAUGUUUGCCAUGUGUUGGAAAGAAAUACUGGAACUAUAGCAGUUAAAUUCAUAUCAUUUAACAUGUCUGGCAUGAUGAGAGAUAUAAAAGCGUGUCGUACAGCCUUAUCGAAGAUAUGCAAUCUACGAAUCCUCAAAAUUUUCUGGGGGAACAAUAUUAGUGAUAAUAAGUUCAAAUUGUACUUUCCUCAAGGCCUUGAUUCUUAUCUUUCUGAGAAACAAAAUUAUUUUCAUUGGGAUUUAUACCCUUUGAAAUCACUGCCAUCAAAUUUUACGCCUAAAAAUCUUGUUGAACUGAGACUACUUGGCAACCAUGUUGAAAAACUUUGGAAUCAUGAAGUUCAGCCAUUUUUCUGCAUCACCACAUUCUUUUCCGAUGUUGAGAAGGAUGGAUCUCAGUUAUUCCAAGUUCCUUAUAGAAUUACCAGAUUUGUCUCAACUGGCUCCCUGCCUGGAAAGUUUAAAUCUUGA